AUGACGAUACGCUCGCAUUUUGCUCAUUUGCUCAGCGUUUCGUAGAACAGAAAUUGGAAACGCUGUCAUUAAGUUUGUCUCCUUCGGCUCUCCGUAGAUCACCGACAUAUUGUUUGUGAGGAGCAAAUUCUGGAAGACGAGGAGAGUGUUACGAUUACAACGUUGAUAUAACCAGUAAUCAAAGCGUAUAUCAGCAAAGAAAGCACGAUGGAGCCUUCAGGAAGUCCUGCAAAGGAUCAUUUCAGGAUGAACCGCUACAAGAACAAAGCACUCAACCUGGAGGAGAUGCGUCGGAGAAGGGAGGAGGAAGGCAUUCAGCUGAGGAAACAGAAACGAGAGCAACAGCUGUUUAAGAGGAGAAAUGUGGAGCUGCUGGGGGAAGAAGGGGGAAUGUUUGACAGUCCACUUACGGAUUCCUACAUCUCCUCCACCACAGCACCAGAUGGAGUAAUUACAAGAGACAUGGUUGAAAUGCUCUUCUCAGAAGAUCCUGAACUACAACUGGUCACAACACAGAGAUUCAGAAAACUGCUUUCCAAAGAACCAAACCCUCCUAUUGACGAGGUUAUAAGCACACCGGGAGUUGUGAAUAGAUUCGUUGAGUUCCUUCAGAAAAGUACCAAUUGCACUUUACAGUUUGAGGCCGCUUGGGCACUGACCAACAUCGCAUCUGGAACAUCUCAACAGACAAAGUUUGUGAUCGAGGCCGGUGCUGUACCUCUCUUUAUCGAGCUUCUCAACUCAGAGUUUGAAGACGUGCAGGAGCAGGCUGUUUGGGCUUUGGGGAACAUUGCGGGAGACAGCGCUGUGUGCAGAGAUUAUGUGCUAAACUGUAAUAUCCUUUCUCCUCUACUAAUGCUGUUGACCAAAUCAACUCGUCUCACAAUGACCAGGAAUGCUGUGUGGGCCUUGUCCAACCUCUGCAGAGGCAAAAGUCCACCCCCAGACUUUGAGAAGGUGUCCCCAUGCCUGCCUGUGCUGUCCCGUCUUUUGUUCAGCAGUGAUUCAGACCUGCUGGCUGAUGCCUGUUGGGCUUUGUCCUAUCUCUCUGAUGGGCCCAAUGAGAAGAUCCAAGCAGUUAUUGAUUCAGGGGUCUGCAGGAGGCUGGUGGAGCUACUCAUGCAUACCGAUUACAAGGUGGCCUCUCCUGCUCUGAGGGCCGUUGGAAACAUUGUUACAGGAGAUGACAUUCAGACACAGGUGGUGUUGAACUGCUCAGCUCUCCCCUGCCUCCUGCACCUGCUCAGUAGUGCCAAGGAAUCCAUCAGGAAGGAGGCCUGCUGGACUAUCUCCAACAUCACAGCGGGAAACAGAGCGCAGAUUCAGACCGUAAUAGAUGCAAACAUCUUCCCAGUCUUGAUAGAUAUCCUACAGAAAGCAGAAUUCCGCACCAGGAAGGAGGCGGUGUGGGCGAUCACUAAUGCCACGUCAGGUGGCACACCUGAGCAGAUCAGACUGAAAGAUAGUUUUGGCUGUUUGGACAAAAUCGAGUUCCUACAGAGUCAUGAAAAUCAGGAGAUCUACCAGAAAGCCUUUGACCUCAUCGAGCACUAUUUUGGAGUAGAGGAAGAGGAUGCCAGUCUGGCACCACAGGUGGAUGAGAACCAGCAGCAGUUUCUUUUCCCGCAGCAGGAGGCCCCCAUGGAGGGCUUCCAACUAUAA